GUUAGCUUUAGCUGCAUCUUCCCUUGUGUAUUCCCCGUGUUUCUCUGCCAUGCACGGGAGCGCGCUGCAUGACGCUGUGCGGGAGCGCGCACUGGAUUCCUCCGAGGACCCUUUAACGCACCGUUUCUGCGGAAUUGCAAUGCAUGCUGGCCGGGGUGUGUGCUGCGUGUGCGGAUAGAGACUCACGCAUACACACACAGCCACACACACACACACACACACACACACACACACACAUAGACAGACAUGUGCUGGUCUGUCUGCAGCGUGUACAGUACAUACAGCUGCAAACACACAUUGAUGGAGUGAUUUUAACCCUUUGUGUCGACACACACACACACACACACACACACACACACACCACACACACACACACACACACACACACACACACACACACACACACACACACACACACACAGAGAGCUGAUAUCAUGUCCGAGGCUCGGAGCCCCGUCACCCCCCUGAUCGUGGAAAUCGAUCCGGAUUUCGAGCCCCAAAAGCGGCCGCGCUCGUGCACCUGGCCGCUGCCCCGUCCAGAGUCCGGAGACAAACCGGGCAUUAGUGACGUCAUCCCAGAGGAAGAGGAUGAUGAAGAUGAUGAGGAUGAAGAUGAUGGGGGGUCUGCUGUUGUGGUGAAGCCCCGCCGGGUUUUGAGCUCCGUGUCCCGGCCUGUGGAGGUGAAUCUGCCCGCUGAUGAUGGGUCUCUGUCCCCGGCUUUAACGCCCCCUACAGCCGCCCUGAGGAAGGCUUCUUCCCGCAGGAACGCCUGGGGGAACUUCUCCUACGCGGAUCUGAUCUCUCAGGCCAUAGAGAGCUCCCCGGAGAACAGGCUCACUUUGGCCCAGAUCUACGACUGGAUGGUGAGGUCCGUGCCGUACUUCAAGGACAAAGGAGACACUAACAGCUCCGCGGGAUGGAAGGUGAGAGAGAGGAGGCUGAGACCUGAACAGAGACCACCUGCUGGGUCCCUGUGGAGACGCAUCAGUGCACAGAGGCAGAACUCGAUCCGGCACAACCUGUCUCUGCACAGCCGCUUCCUGAAGCUCCAGAACGAGGGAACGGGGAAGAGUUCGUGGUGGAUCCUGAACCCAGAGGAGGGCAAAGGGAAAGCUCCUCGACGACGAGCCGUAUCCAUGGACAACAGCAAGAACAUCAGAGGAGCGAGAGGACGAGCCGCGAAGAAGAAGAAGGCGUCGCUUCAGAACCAGAACCAGGUUUAUUACCAGGUGUCUCUGCAGGAAGUUGGAUCCGAGAGUAACUUCCUCUCGAAGUGGACAGGAAGUCCCGCCUCCCGAAGCAGCGAAGAACUCGACGCUUGGACCGAUUUCCGCUCUCGAACAAACUCAAACGCCUCAACGCUCAGCGGACGUUUGUCGCCAAUUCUCGCCAACCUGGAGCUAGACGAGGGUUUGGAGGAGGGUACGAACUCUCCUCUGUCCCCCAUGUUGUUCUCCUCCUCCUCCAGCAGCAUCUCUCCCUCCACCCUCUCAGAACUUAACCUGAACGACAUGGUGUCAGAAAACCUGCUGGACAACGUGGCGGCGCGGCAGCCAAACGAGCAAGAAGAGGGCGAUUCGUGCUCAGUUUUCAGCUUCAGCGGCGCAGAAAGUAGUCCCUCCGCCCUCGGCCUCUUCACGCCUCCGUGCAUCGCCCUGAGGACGGCCCCCAUGCAGACGAUCCAGGAGAACAAACAGACCUGGUUCUCUUCGGUCUGCAACGCUCAGGCUCUUUAUACCCUGGACCUUCAGAGCCACGACCUCCUGACUCAGUCCGACCCUCUGAUGUCUCAGGUCGGAGCCGCUGCCAUCGCGCUGCAGAAUUCACGCCGAAACGCCACGAUUCUGCACAAAAAAGACCCCGAGGAAAACGACGCCAAACCGGUCCCGAAGCCUCCCGUUAAGCUGACCUCAGACCUGGAUCUGGACGUGUUUAACGGAGGGUUGAAGUGCGAUUUGGACGCUAUUAUCCGCAACGAGCUGAUGGAUGCAGACUGUCUGGACCUCAGCUUCGACUCGCGCCUCGCCGCCGUUAGUUAGUGUUCUGAGGGACCAAAAAACUCUCCAUAAAACUUCCCAAAAAACCUGAUCCUCUUCACCAUCGUCCCCUCCUCUUCCACUUCCUGCAAUAUUUCAUCACCAAAAUAAGGAUAUAUAGAAACAGGAUUCAGCUGUUACAUUAAAAGUUAGAUUUGUGUUAAGAGGAGAAACUACAGGUGAAUAUAUUACAGGUGCAAUCGCUCUAUAAACUCUUCGGGAACGAUGCACUCUACAAAAGCUCUGGAUCCUGCCCAGUACCUGUGUCUGGUAUCCAGUCAGAACGUGUCUCUCCUGAUGGAAGGUAACUCCAGGAGCAACACUGCAGUGAGACAGAGGCUCUUGAUUUAGACAAUGCAUAAUGUUAGAGCCAUUUUCUGUGUUGACAAUGAGUGUAUUAUUUUCUUAUUAAUUUAGAUCUGAAUAUAUUCUUUCCAUUUAUGUAUUAGUACCGAAUUAAAUAUUCGGAGAAAAACCUUGAUUUACUGCGAGCCACAGCUGUGAUAUAAGGAAGGGGUGGGACUGAGCGUGAGGAGGAAAUUGUCUCCAGCAAUGAACGGGGAAUCGGAACAGUCUUUGACCUCACGUUACACUGAUCGUUUUGUUUAUUUAAAUAUAUGGAAGUAAAUAAAUCGGCCGAGGAAGGCAAAUAAAU